CCCCGCCUCAGUCGUUACUCAUAAAUAGGAUAUCAAACUUUCGCUUCUGCAGAAUACAAGCGCAGGUUCUUUACCUUCUCGGCUUUUAAGAAGUUUAAUUUGGUACCUUUAUAGACUUACGGAAAUGAAGGGAUAUAUAAUGUUGGCGUAUUUGGCGCUCGUAAUGCUUCACUGGACGCAGGGUGCCCUGAUUCUGAAAGGUCCAGAGGGCCCAGUUCUGGAAGGGGACUAUGUUACUCUGGAGUGCCUGGCAGACGUGGAGUCAAACAUGAGCCAAGUCCACUUUGAGAAGUUUUCCAAGCGAAUGCAGAAAUGGUUCCGCCUGGAGCCAUAUGAGAUGUCAUUCUACCGACGCUGCUUCUCCUAUGACCUGGACUUGAACCGAGAGCCGGGCCGUAUUGUUCUGUCAAUCUUCGCCAUCCAGAGCUGGACAAAUGGGCCCUAUCGCUGCGUUUCUGAUAACUCUUCUGAGCUGUACAACUCUUCUGAUUCACUCUCCAUACCUGUGCACUAUAUGCGUGACCUUUCGGUCUACAGAGAUGGAGGAAGCUACUAUAAUCGCUACUUCAGCUCUCUGCAGGACUUGCGUGUGCCACUAGGGGACAAUGUGGAGGUGGAAUGUUCAACUUCUGCUUCUGAGACGCCAGAGUAUUCAUGGAAGAAAGAGGAUGAGGACUGGGUAGUGCUAUCUAGCAAACUGAAGCUCAAGAAGGUGAGGAUUGAGGACAGUGGCAAGUACACCUGCACUGCCCAACACCCGUCUAUCUCCCGACUGUCCAAGACACGCACCAUCAGCAUCACUGUGCUGCCAGAGGACGCCCCCUGGUAUGAGUCCACCCAGGGCCGGAUCAUACUGAUGACAUCAGCUGCAGGGGCGGGGCUUCUGCUGCUGGUUAUGUCAGUGUCCAUAUGUCUGUGUCGCAGAGCGUCUAAGAGAAAGACCAAGGGGCCCAUUGAUGACCAUUCCCAGAAGAAACCCAUCUACACGGCCAGCGUGGAGUCUCUGCCGUCCACCAGCGGAGACAAACAGCCCCUGGUGUGAGCCAACAGACGUAAAGGAGGGAGGGGGAGAAGGAGAAGGAGGAUCACAAUCAUUGUGUAUAGGAUUUACGAAUGAAACAUAUUAUAUCAUACAUAAAUUCAUGACAUCAUACAUAAUACAGCGCGAUAGUUUCUGCUCCUGCAAGCUCGACUUCAUGUCAGUAAGCUUUUCUCUAUAUUGAUUUCAUUCCUCCUUUGAAUUCCUCUUCAGACUUAUAUGCACUUUUUUUCAGACUUUUAUGCACUUUUUUCAAGUUGAAUUUUUCAGUAGAAAGGACAGUUCCAUAAGCCAUUCCCAUGCAGGUCACAUGACAGUACUUUGUGUCAUAGUGAUGUUAUUUUAGGACUGUAAGACAUUGAAUAGCUAUUAUUAUAUAGGCCUUUCAUACUAUUUUAAUGUGUAAAAUUCUUUAAUGUGCAAAAUUUUUAGGGCAGGGCAAAAAAUCUUGAUUUAUAAUGACAAAUGCACUAAUGACAAAUUUAUAAUGACAAAUGCACUUUCAUAUUUUACAAAGGAAAUCUUUUCUGUGACUUUCACCUGUCAUAAUAAAACCUCUGAAAUACAAAUACGCCAUUUGUCUGACAUAGAAUAGAAUGUAUUUGUAUUCCUGUGAUUCCAGCAGUAAGGUAGAAACUUGUAGAUCUUUACAGUUGGUUUCGACUGGUAUUGACUAGUCCAGUAGGAGAUAUGGCAGUGGAGAUACUGGAAGAACACAUCCAGCAUGUCGCUAUAUAUAUAUGAGCAGUUGCUCCCAUUCUGCAGACAUGCGAAAUACUGCAGAACAGAUCGAUGCAUUUAGAAAGCGACUCGCGCUGCCAUAAUCACAGCCCAGCUUAGAGAGAACAGUGCUGUUAUGCUUAAUCAGACUAAUACAAUUACCCUCCUUGGCAGUGUUAAGGAGACAUAUUAUACAGAUACUUUCACUAGUGCAAGUACUGAGGUAUUAGCAUUAAAACCAUGCAAGCAUCUGAACAAA